AUGCAGACUAUGAAAUGGAUAGAGAUGGUGCGACUCGGGCCCCCUUCGCCCGAGAGGUCUUCAACUUUCGACGGUGAUAAGGUGCUGUCGAUGAGCGAUGAGCUGCGACGCGCGCUUUACUCGUCGGGCGCGUCUGUCGACAUGGAGUUUUCGCCACCGGACCUCAUCGGCACCUCGGAAAUAUUCACCAUGGAGCACAGGGAGAAGCUGUGCGGGGUGCUGCCGGCCCGCGCCCAGGGCUACAUGUGGUCGCUGGCGUUCAGCACCAGCCAGCACGGGUUCUCGCUCGCCUCCAUGUACCGCAAGAUGCAGCGCGUCGACAGCCCUGUUCUCCUCGUCAUACAGGACACCGACAACAACGUGUUCGGCGCCCUGACUUCGUGCGCUCUCCGGCCCUCGGAACACUUCUACGGGACCGGAGAGUCUCUGCUGUUCUCGUUCCAGCGCGUGAAAGAGGACGCGAGGCGGCACUCCCACCCGGCGGCGGAGGACAUCAAAGAUAAGGACGCCACAAAGGAAGAAGACAAGGACGAUCAAGCGGCGCCGGUGAAAACCAAAUUCAAGUACUGGGGCUGGACCGGCGACAACAUGUACUUUAUCCGCGGCAGCAACGAUAACAUAUCCAUUGGCGCCGGCGAUGGUAAAUUCGGCAUCUGGCUGGACGGCGACCUGUACCUGGGGCGCACGCAGCGCUGCACCACGUACGGCAACGAGCCGCUCACCACUCGCGAGGACUUCGUCGUCAAGAUAAUGGAGUGCUGGACCUUCAUC